AUGGAAGACAAGCUAUCCUUUGGUAGGCCAAUGGCGGGCAUCUUCCAACCUCGCGAGCAUGCGAAGCAAUCGCCAGCACGCAACCAUUUCGUUGCGGCGACGGGAGAAUUUGUGGGAACGUUUAUGUUCCUCUUCUUUGCAUACCUAGGACACAGCAUGUCUGUGGCAACGGCAUCUGAUACGAGCAGGAUUGGCACCAACAGCAAUUCAACCAUCAUUUACAUCUCCAUGAGCUAUGGACUGUCGUUGCUCGUUACUGCCUGGGCACUCUAUCGAGUAUCAGGAGGCCUUUUCAAUCCUGCUGUGACACUCGGCCUUGUUAUCACAGGCCAGCUGCCCGCAGUCAGAGGUGCCAUCUUCUUUCCCACACAGAUUAUAGGUGGCAUCGCCGCAGCUGCAGUAGCAAGUGCAAUCAUUCCAGGAGACAUAGCAGUCACCCAAACAACCCUUGCCAACGGCAUGAACCAAGCGCAAGGAGUCUUUCUAGAAAUGUUCUUGACAGCCUACCUGGUCUUCGUCAUCCUCAUGCUGGCGGCCGAGAAGUCCAAAGCAACGUUCAUCGCACCAAUUGGCAUCGGAAUGGCCCUCUUCGUCGCGCAGAUCGCAGGCGUCUACUAUACCGGAGCUUCACUCAACCCAGCUCGCAGCUUCGGUCCAUGUGUCGCUGCGGCAAAGUUUCAAGGAUACCACUGGAUCUACUGGAUCGGACCCUUUCUCGGAGCCAUUAUUGCCGGCGGCUACUUCCACUUCGUCAAGUUCUUCAACUACUAUGAAGCCAAUCCCGGACAAGACAGCGCUGGAGGCGCUUUUGCCGAUGACAUCAAUGUGUCUGUAUCUCUGGGAAGAUGA